AUCUCCAGAACAAAAGGCCUCUACAUUGAGCCCUGUUUCUACAUUUUCUUUGAACUCAAGAGAUGAAGACUUCAUGCAAGAAUUCUCUGAGGAGUCCCUGAAAGCAAGAACUUUACCUGGAAUGAAAAAAUCCAGUUUGCUGGAGAAUAAGAACUUUCAAAGGCUUUCAUUAGUAAGUAGAAGCCAAAUUCCACUUAUUACUUUGCCACCUGCUGAUGGGCCACCUGGCUUAGGUUCUUGUGCUUAUGUGUUCAACUGUAACACACAAGAGUCUUCUGGUUCUUCCAUGUUCACCUUGUGUGAGGAGUCUGCAAUUCCUUUUUUUACCUUUGGACCCAAGGACAAAAGUGAAACUUCUUUCUCUGAAGAAUCUAGGGAAGUGACUCCGGGAGAUGUUUCAUUUCUUAAAAAUGUAUCUACUCAAAGCAAGUGGCUGAAAUACCAAAGCAUAUCCCAAUGCAACUUGACUGCUCCAGAUAGAGUUGAUAAGGAAAUAAAGGAAGGCUUCUUUGCCAAGGCUGGUUCUGGAAUGCAUUUUAGUGACACAGGUGAAAGACAAAGUGAUGCUAUCAAUGAAAGCUCUUUAGACUCUGUGCAUUUACAAAGGAUAAAAGGCAUGCUUUAUCAACAGCAGCAGGAUUUUAGCAGUCAAGAUUUGGUUUCCAGAAAGAAAGCACUUUCUUUGAAUGUAAAGCAAACUUCCAAGACUGAAGAAAUUCAAAAUGUGUUAGGAGGGUGUGCUUUCUACAACUACGGUAUAAAAGAUUUACAGGAGAUAAAUAGUUCUGAGCUAUGCUUCCCAAGUGGGCAGAAAAUCAAAUCUGCUUAUCUUCCCCAAAGGCGAAUUUAUAUACCAGCUGUUUUUCAGUCUCCUGCUCAUUAUAAACAGACUUUUACAUCUUGUCUCAUAGAACAUCUAAAUAUAUUGCUAUUUGGAUUGGCACAAAGAUUGCGCAAAGCUCUUUCAAAGGUUGACAUAUCAUUUUACACAUCAUCUAAAGACCACCUGAAACAUGUAGAAAAUAAUGUACCAACCUGUCAUCAUAAUCAACCUGCGAAACAUGUCAUGGUUAAAAAGGAAGGUCCAAAUAAGGGUCGUCUCUUUUAUACAUGUGAUAGACCCAAAGCUGACCAAUGUAAAUUUUUUAAAUGGCUCGAGGAUGUGACUCCAGGAUAUUUAACACAGGAAGAAUCUCUGCCUAGCAUGGUUUUAAGUGAUAUUAAGAGUAUUGGCUUAUACUUAAGAAGUCAAAAGAUACCCCUCUAUGAGGAAUGCCAGCUUUUGGUGAGAAAAGGAUUUGAUUUUCAGAGAAAACAGUAUGGCAAAUUAAAGAAGUUUACUACUGGAAACCCGGAGCUUUAUGAUGAACCAAAAACCAAACUUUAUCUUAAGCUGAGUAGGAAGGAAAGUUCUUCAAUUUAUAGCAAAAACGAUCUUUGGGUGGUUUCAAAAACCCUGGAUUUUGAACUGGAUACUUUUAUUGCAUGUAGUGCUUUCUUUGGACCAUCAUCUAUCAAUGAGGUGGAGCUACUGCCUUUGAAAGGCUAUUUCCCUUCUAAUUGGCCCACUAACGUAGUUGUCCAUGCAUUAUUGGUUUGUAAUGCUAGCACAGAGCUGACUACUUUGAAAAACAUUCAGGACUACUUUAAUCCAGCUACUCUACCUCUAACACAGCACCUGUUAACAAUGUCUUUGCCAACUUCAGUGAGUAACAAAAGAGUCAUCAAGAGAAAAUUUAUCCCGCCAGCCUUCACAAAGAUCAACACAAAAUUUGAACUGUUCAGCCUAGGGGCAACGUUGAAGUUAGCUAGUGAGUUAAUUCAGGCACAUAAGUUAAAUAAGGAUCAAGCUACAGCUUUAAUGCAGAUAGCUCAAAUGGUGGCGUCAGACGAAAGUGCUGAAGAACUGCAAAUCCACACCCUCCCUAUCACGAUCAUACAUGGUGUUUUUGGAGCAGGAAAGAGUUAUUUGCUGGCAGUGGUGGUUUUGUUCUUUAUACAGCUAUUUGAAAAGAGUGAAGCUCCUGCAGUUGGAAGUGCAAGGCCAUGGAAACUUCUGAUUUCUUCUUCCACUAAUGUUGCUGUUGACAGAAUACUUCUUGGGCUUCUCAGUCUUGGAUUUGAAAAGUUUGUCAGAGUUGGGAGUAUUAGGAAGAUUGCCAAGCCAAUUUUACCUUAUAGCUUGCAUGCUGGCUCAGAAAAUGAAAACGAACAAUUAAAAGAACUACAUGCACUAAUGAAAGAAGACCUGACUCCUGUGGAAAGACUCUAUGUGAGAAAAAGUAUCGAGCAGCAUAAACUGGGAACCAACAGAACCCUGCUGAAGCAGGUUCGAGUAGUUGGAGCUACCUGUGCAGCCUGCCCAUUCCCGUGCAUGAAUGACCUUAAAUUUCCAGUGGUUGUGUUGGAUGAGUGCAGUCAAAUAACUGAACCAGCCUCACUCCUUCCCGUUGCAAGGUUUGAGUGUGAAAAGCUGAUUCUUGUUGGGGACCCCAAACAGCUGCCUCCUACUAUUCAGGGUUCCGAUGCGGCUCAUGAAAAUGGAUUAGAACAAACCCUUUUUGAUCGACUUUGCUUAAUGGGUCACAAGCCAGUUCUUUUGAGAACUCAAUACCGUUGUCACCCUAUCAUCAGUGCUAUUGCUAAUGAUCUGUUUUAUGAUGGAAACCUUGUGAAUGGUAUUUCAGAAACAGAGAGGAGCCCUUUAUUGGAAUGGCUACCAACCCUGUGUUUUUAUAAUGUUAAAGGACUAGAACAGAUUGAAAGAGAUAACAGCUUUCAUAAUAUGGCAGAAGCUGCUUUUACACUCAAGCUGAUUCAAUCACUGAUUGCAAGUGGAAUAGCAGGCUCUAUGAUUGGGGUGAUAACAUUAUACAAGUCCCAGAUGUAUAAGCUUUGUCAUUUACUUAGUGCCAGGGACUUUGACCAUCCUGAUAUCAAAAGUGUGCAGGUGUCUACAGUAGAUGCUUUUCAGGGAGCUGAAAAAGAGAUCAUUAUUCUGUCCUGCGUAAGAACAAGACAAGUAGGAUUCAUUGAUUCAGAAAAAAGAAUGAACGUCGCAUUGACCAGAGGAAAGAGGCAUUUGUUGAUUGUGGGAAAUUUAGCCUGUCUGAGGAAAAAUCGACUCUGGGGGCGUGUGAUCCAGCAUUGUGAAGGAAGGGAAGAUGGAUUGCAACAUGCAAGCCAAUAUGAACCACAGCUGAACCACAUCCUGAAAGAUUAUUUUGAAAAACAAGCAGAAGAAAAGCAGACGAGAAAGAAUGAAAAAGAGAAAAUCUAAAGAUAAAUCUCAUUCACAAAAAAGACAUGGAAUAAAUAUAUUGUAUUUUAAGUAAAUUCAGACUGAUUUUACAUCAAAUAUUUUUAAUAUUUUUAUUACCCUAAAGCCCCCAUAAUAAAAAUAUAUCUGUGAUAUUUAAAUAACAU